UUGCAAUUCUGUCCAGGUGGUUCUACUUUCUUGUCCGUAUGGCAUGCUGACAUUCCCCUGCUGAGAAUCCAUUUUCCCAGAAAGUAGUUGCCUUAAGGCUUGAGACAAAGAAUCAGCAUCCUUCCUUAACUUGCAAUGGCCUUCUUCUCCACUUUGUUCUUCCCCAAUUCCGUAGAAUCAGACCAUUUAAUCUCCACUUCUCUAAUCCUACACAAACACCUCAUUUUCUCUUUUCCUCAAAAGAAGAAGCGGUUUAAUAUUGCUGAUUUUGAGAGAAUUUAUAUCGACAAUCAGAGAUGGAUGCUUCUGAAAUUAACAGAAGCUUGGUAAGUGAACUCGAAUCAAUGGGAUUUUCAGAGGCUCAAGCCACCAAGGCUCUUUGUUCUUCUGGUAAUUCAAGUCUCGAGGCUGCAGUAAAUUGGAUUAUUGAUCAUGAGAAUGAUGCAGAGACUGAUGAGAUGCCUGUGGUUACAAUCGACAUUAUUGAAACACCCAGUCCUACUUUCGAUUCGGAAGAAGUAAAGUUGAAAGCACAAGAGCUAAGGGAGCGAGUACGCAAGAGGAGAGAAGAGGAAGACAAAAAGCUGGAAAAGGAAAGGGAGAAGGCGAGGAUACGCGCAGGCAAAGAACUGCUUGCAACAAAGCGAAUGGCACAGGAAAAUGAGAGGAAACGUUUUGAAGCACAGCGGAAGAUCGAAAAAGAAGAGGAGAGAAGGGAAAGGGAAAGAAUUCGUCAAAAGCUCCAGCAGGACAAGGAAGAAAGGAGGGUUAGCCUUGGUUCAUCUAUGAAUAGCUCUACAUCUUCGAAAUCCAUUAAAACCUCAAAGCAAGAAACAAAGAAUCAUUUAGAAGUUGACUUUUCCGCAUCAUCUGGUAAUGUCCCUACAAAGAAAGAGGUUUUGAGGGAAUGCUUAAGAUCUCUCAGGCGUCAGCACAAGGAGGAGGAUGCGAAAGUGCAACGGGCCUUCAAAUCUCUGUUAGUUUAUGUGAGGAACAUCAUUAGCAAUCCUGAUGAACCAAAGUUCAGGAAGAUCCGGCUUAGUAAUCCCGCUUUCCAGGCUAGAGUCGGGAUUUUCAAAGAAGGCCUGCAGUUUCUAGAACUCUGUGGGUUUGAAAGAGUUAGAGGAGGUGAUUUUUUGGUCUUGCGCAGAGACAAGAUCGAUAUGGCGGUACUGAGAUCAGCUGGCAUGGUUUUGAACUCUGCCAUUACAAAUCCCUUCUUUGGGCUACUGUCAAAGUAAGGUGGUUUCCCCAGGGAUUAGAGGCUUGAUGUCUGACAAUCAACAGAGCACUAGCUAAUUUUACUACUUCCAUUGGACUUGAAUUUGUAUAGUAACCUGAAUCGGAUAUUCUAUUUGUUUAUGAACCUUAAUUUCUCCUAUAAAUGUACUUAUAUAU